CCUUUGGCAUCCGCUGCUCAAACGCGUGAAUGUUAAGCCUGAUCCACGCGACUUGCGGCAGUGAAGCAGUUAAAGCAGAAGGUGUCAGCCUCUGGGUUUCUCAGGUGACAGCGGCAGCACGCUCAGCAGCAACCGAUCCUCCAGGAGUGUCCGAGGAAGACGCUGCGGAGGAGGAAAAAGCUGAGGACGGACACAGGGAGCUGGAGACACAGACCAUGGCGAGAUGAGGACUGAAUGGAAGAGACUCCAGACACAAGAGCAGAAAGGAAGUGUGGGCACUGCUGCCUGACAGACCACGGGAGGAAGCGAUUCUUCCAUCAUCACGUGUGAUGCAUCCUUCUUGCCGUCGUCUCUCCCCCCCGUUUUAGCCGUUCGGUGCGAGCAUGCUGGAGGCGGUGAGCGACUUCCAGGGUCAGAGCUUCAACAAGCUGAGGCGAUCCUGCCUGCGUCGAGGAGCGCUCUUCAAAGACCCCCUGUUCCCCGCCACCAACCAGUCCCUCUUCUACAAGAGGGCGCCCCCACCAGGACUGACCUGGAAGAGGCCGAGGGAAAUAUGCCGAGACCCUCGUUUGUUUGUGGACGGUAUCAGCACUCGCGACUUGCACCAAGGCAGUCUGGGUAACUGCUGGAUGGUGGCAGCCAUCUCCUGCCUGGCAUCCGAGCCCUCACUGUGGAAGAAGGUCAUUCCUGACCACGUGGACCAGGAGUGGAACCCAAAACGCACAGACUUGUACGCAGGGAUCUUCCACUUCAGGUUCUGGCGCUUCGGGCGUUGGGUCGAUGUUGUGGUGGAUGACCGUUUGCCGGUCAGUCAGGAUGGAGUUCUGCUCUUCUGCUGCUCUGCAACGCCCAGAGAGUUUUGGAGCGCCCUGUUGGAGAAGGCCUACGCCAAGCUAAAUGGCUGCUACGAGGCUCUGGAGGGAGGAAACACGGCGGAGGCCCUCAUCGACUUCACUGGAGGGGUUUCGGAGCCUCUCAGCCUGGACUGCGAAGCCCUCAGCCUGCACAGCGAGCGGAGGAAGGCACUCUUCCAGACAUUAGCUAAGGUCCAUGAGCACAAAUCCCUCAUCACCUGCUCCAUCCGGCCGGCUGAGGGGGAGACGGUGGAGUCUGUGCUGGACUGCGGGCUCGUACGAGGGCACGCCUACGGCAUCACGGCGGUGAGGAAGGUGAGGCUGGGGGAGAACCCGCAGAAGACAGGCGGGUCGUCGCGACUCUUUAUGGUGCGCAUGAGGAACCCGUGGGGGACCACGGACUGGAAAGGGGCCUGGAGUCAGGGGUCAGAGCAGUGGCAGCAGCUGAGCCGGGCAGACAGGGAGAAGAUGGGGAUUGUUGUUCGUGACGUUGGGGAGUUCUGGAUGGAUUUCCAGGACUUCUGCUGCUACUUCACAGACGUUGUGGUGUGCCGGCUGGUGCAAAGGACUCUGCUGCGGCCGAGCUCACAUUGGAGAGAGACGCAGAUCUAUGGGGAGUGGAGUCCGGCUCCAGCUGGCCCCACCGCAGCACCUCUUUCACCAGGGAAGUACAGCAGCACCGCUCUGACCCUGAGUAAGAGCAACGUCAGGCCCGAAGGGACAAAACAGAGAGGGACCAAGGUCAAGGAGGGCAAUCAGGAAGGAAGGGAAAGGGGAGAAGCUGCUGAGGAGAUGAACAGGAGCAGUCGAUGUGGGGGAUGUAUCAACCACAGGGACACCUUUCUGCACAAUCCCCAGUUCAUGUUUGAGGUGCAAAGCAAAGAGGAAGAGGUGCUGAUCUGUCUGCAGCAGGAGGAUCGAAGGGCCCUGAAGAAAAACGGAGGAGGAGAAAACCUCCCAAUCGGUUUUGAGGUGCUGAAGGUGGAGGCGAACCGCUGCAGCCGGGUGCAGCGCGUGGUGGAGCAGGUGGCCAGCUCCAUCUACAUGGACUCCCGCAGCGUGACUCUGAGAGGAACUUUGGCUCCGGGUCGCUACGUGGUGCUGCCCACCACCUUCCUGCCGGGCGACACCGGGCGCUUCCUGCUGAGGCUUUUUUCGCACUCUCAUGUCCAACUCAGGGAACUAAAGAACGACCUGCCAUCUCCAUCUUUGCUCCAGUGUUUUCUACCUCAGCCUGCAGUAGUGACCACUGUCCAUCUCCGCAGGGCAUCAGGACUCAGGGCUCUCAAGCAGACAGCUCCAGACGUUUAUGCCGUGGUGCGAUGUGAGAGUGACGUGGUCAGGACACGUGUGUUCAAGGACGAUGGAAACCCCGAAUUCAACCUCCGAACCAUCUUCUACAGAAGAUACCCUGACACUUACAUCUCUGUCGAGUUAUGGAGCAGAGGUCUGCUGUGGGACUCUCUCCUCGGAGCAGCUCGACUCCAGACCUCGGAGUCCGAGAGGAGCCGGAGCCUCAUGAUUGAUCUGCGCGGCGGGCGGUCGCGCUCGGGAUCCAGAGGCCGCAUCCACGUGGAAACGUCCACCAGCGUCAGCCUCACAGACUUAUGACAGCAUCUGCCUGGUUGCCAUGGCAGCACCAAGAUCAGACACAUGAACAACGGAGCAAACAGAAAACGUCUGUCAGGGCAAAAUAUAGCAAAACUUUCUGUCUGUUCAGGGUAUUACUUAGCUGUUAUCAUAAAAUAAUUUAUAUCCUGCAAUUAUUUCUGUUACCUAUAAACUGUGGUGUAAUAUUUUCAUUUUUAUACAAUAAAUAAUGAGACAACAU